GCCUGCGCAUUUGGCGUUGCCCAGUUGUGAUAAACAGACGUCAGAAGGGAGUUUUCACCGAGUCAAAACAAAACCAAGUCAAACCAAAAGAAAAGCUACUAGGAGUAGAAAAAGUGCAGCUGGAAUUUGGAUAAAGUGGGAUUUCACUAUCGUAACGUCAUACUGGAUGUGCUGCUUCUGUAUUUGUACUUCUGAGGAGGUAAAAGUCGAGGGAGAUCCAAGAACGAAGUAAACUGAAGCUGGUCGCGGCUUUAACUCGAGGAGAAGGUGCUAGUGAGGUCGCCGAAGAGAGUGAGCGAGGGAACCAGCGAGCAAAGCGUGCGCGUGAGAGAGCGAGCGGCAGGGGGGCUUUGGGAAGCGCGGGGCACCAAGCGCUCUUGGGACAUGGCAUACAGGAGCACGCGCCAGCCCGAAAACUUGAAAACAACGACAAGUUAUACUAGCCACUUUGUGGCAAAAAGUGGUAACCACCUGUAAAGACUGCGUUUACGCAAUAACGGAAUAGUCUCGCCCUUGCCCGGACUUGAUUGAACGUCUUGCGUAUAUAUUUGUGUACAUACAAGAAAACGUGUGCCGAACGCGGAGAAGCUGAAGGGCACUAACUUGUGUAUAUUACUUGACAUACGAUUUGGUUGUUCUCAGUAAAUACUCGGUUUUCUUCUGGAUUCUAGUCGGUAACAUAAAAAGAAAUCAUACGAGUUGGAUGGAUACAACUAAUGACAGCGAACUGGAUCCUCCUUACGUCUGUUGGUCUACUAGCUUACCUGUGUUAAAAACGCUCCUGACCCCGUUGUGAUUGACUUCUUAAUGCUGCUUUUGGAUGAGCAGAUUUUAUAAAGCUGGCCAAAGUUUCGCCUCAGUUUUGACAUUUCAGCUCUUGGAUUCGCUUUGUUUAUAAUGCAGUAGGAAACACCUUUACAGACGUCUGCCUCUGUGACACUGACCGUGUAAUCCCAUUUUUCAGAAGACAUCAGAGUAUUCUUAAUUUUUGUAACAAAAAAGCAUUUUCUCAUUAAGGUGAUUUGUCUAUGCAGCAGAUUUUUUUUUAAUUAUUGGAGUUUAUGGUCUGUAGCAAAUGUUGUUUAGUUCUUUAUUUUUAAAAAGUUUUUUUAAACUUUACAGUUAAAUCAGUAUAUUAACUUAAAAUCUAAUUUGAAUCAAGCUAAAUCGGCACUUAUUUAAAAUAAUUCCACAUAUUUUUUAAUAUUAUUAAAGUAUAAUUUUAUUAAUAAAUGCUACAUCCAGUAUUCAGCAGAAAUGAAACUAUAUGGAUGUAACAGAUAUUAAAAAAACAAAAAAAAACAGACAUAAGAUUUUUAUUAAACAACUAUAUUAUUAACCCUCCCCCAGUGGGUAAAUUUUUCAAGCAUAAAUUUCUUUUGUCCCUUUUUUUUUUUAAUAAACAUAGAUUCUAAUCAACCACCCCCCACCCUACCAUGAAAGGGAGAGAUUUGACUAUUAAGACGAUUAAAAAAACGUAAUCCCUCUUCUGUGGAUUAGAGUUUUAUUGCAGGAUUCGGAUUAUAGUAAAUCCUUAUUGCCAGCUAUUGACAUAUUUUUACAUUAUAUGUUGUCAACAUUCCCUUUUGCUCUUGGGAACUUAAUUAGAGGAAGGAAAUUUUCCAGUGCAAAUUGGUCAUACAGGACAUUAUAAAAAUUUUUAUUUAUAAACAGGUGCUAUAAAUUUGGCAAGUUUGUUGCUUUUUGACAAACAUUUCUCAAGGAUUUUUUGCAUUUUCAAAACAUAAAAAAUGUAAUCUUUUCAGAAAUAUUUUGGUAUGUUUUAAUUGUAUUACAUUUGACAUUUUAAAAUAAUAAUCUUUUCAGAGAAGAAGGUUUUCAUCAUUUUUUUUUCUCCAGUCAAUAAAAAUAUGGAGAACGAACAGAUUCCACCAGUGGAAAUUGACCCAGAUUUUCAGCCUCAAAGUCGGCCUAGGUCAUGCACAUGGCCUCUGCCUAGACCAGACAUUUCUACUGUAAAACAAGAGGGGGUGGAGUCAGCAGUUAACACUCCUCCAACUGAAGAUGAGAAACCAGAGGUACUUCCAGUUAUUUCGGAACCAGAGAAUGGGAAUGCCCCAGAAGGAGAAAUUCUAGUUGGAGGAGCUGGUGCAGCUCAGAGAAAAGGCCCCUCACGUCGCAAUGCAUGGGGUAACCAGUCCUAUGCAGAUCUGAUUAGCCAGGCUAUUGAGAACUCGCCUGAGAAGAGACUUACACUUGCACAGAUUUAUGACUGGAUGGUGAACACCGUGCCUUACUUUAAAGAUAAGGGAGACAGCAACAGUUCUGCAGGAUGGAAGAAUUCGAUUCGUCACAACCUUUCCUUGCAUAGCAAAUUUCUGCGAGUGCACAAUGAGUCAACCGGGAAGAGUUCUUGGUGGAUGCUGAAUCCGGAGGGUGGCAAAAGUGGAAAAACUCCACGUCGUCGUGCUGCAUCAAUGGACAAUAGCAGUAAGCUUCUGAAGAGCCGUGUGCGGGCAGCAAAAACAAAAAAACAGACCACAGCAACCAGUGGCAUUACACAAGAAGGACAAACUGGAAACACAGAAAAUCCCGGGAAUGGUUCUCAGCAACAGUUUCCUAAAUGGAAUGUCAACAGCAGUAGCCCUUCCUCCCGGGGCAGCAUGGAGGAUCCAGACAUCUGGACUGCUUUCCGCCCACGUACUAGUUCUAAUGCUAGCACGCUAAGUGGAAGAUUGUCCCCCAUUGCUCCAGGCCAUGAGGAUGAUGAUAAUCUAGGUGAUGAUGACCUCCACACUACUUUAGCCACAUAUUCUGCUAGCAGUGUACCUCCUACACUAACUGAAACAUUAAUGGAGGACCUGGAACUCAUUGAUAGUCUCAAUCUAAUAUCUUCUCAGCAGAAUAACAGCUCUAGUACGAGCUCUGUAAAUUCUUCGAGCUCUGUGCUACCUUCAGCUGCAGUGCUUUUGCAAAGGAGCUCUAGCUUUUCCUCAUACCCACAGCUCCAACAAAGCAAACCACAACUAGCACAGAACAAUAGUAGUACUGGUGGUACAGCAGUUAGCAGUUUUGGAAACUCUUUGUUUAGCCCACUAUCCAGUACAGCUGGUGCCAACAGAGUAGGAGGUCAUUUCAGUAGCAGUGUUGAUGGCACUCGGCUGCCAACAAGUUUAGAAACUCUUCUAACAUCUGACUCUCCACCCCCUAGUGAUGUCAUGAUGUCGCAAGUGGACCCCAUAAUGCCUAGCCCAAGUAGUACCAGCCUUCAUAUCUUAAGUAGCCAGCUUAGUCAAGGCAAAUUGACAGGCCAGAUAAUACUGGGUAAAAAUCAGGAACAAAAUUCCUCACUGAAUCUCACCCUUCAGCAGCAGCAGCGAACUCAUCUGCUUGGGAAUUCUACCCAGGCUCUUGGAUUGGGGAUGUUGGUUCAAGGAGUAAACUCUGAUUCUUCUAACUUACCUGCACUGAAGCCACAGCUCCCUCAAGGGCCCAGUAGUCCUUCUGGGUUACUUGUAAGUGGUGUUCAGUCAUCUGUUGGUAGCAUCCCAGGAAUAAGCCAGUUUAGUGGAGCUGGCUGUUUUCUUCCUGGUCAUGACAAACUCCCCAAUGAUUUGGACAUAGAAAUGUUCACAGAGAACCUUGACUGUGAUGUGGAUUACAUUAUUAACAGUGACCUCAUGGAUGGAGAUGGAAUGGAUUUCAACUUUGACCCUAUACUCACCACGAACCAGAACUUCUCAACUAGUUCUACUACUCAAGGCUCAUCACACUCCUGGGUACCCAGCUAAUCUAUUUUUCUAUGUGUAUUUUCUAUGAGAUAUGUCCUUCAGUUCCAUGUUCCUUGCUGAAGACAUCAUAUAGUUGAAGACACUAAUGAAAGAACUUGCUACAUUGUCUCCAGAUUAAAAUCAUUGUUAUUUUUAUUAGAGCUAUCAACCUCUCAAUUUUGGAUUCUUUUUUUUUUUUAUAGCUUUUUUUUUAAAGAAACUUUUUAUAGCUUACUUUCUGAUAUAUACACAGCUGACCUCAGUGUGCAAUGUGCCAAUAUUCAAGCUAACCUAAACCAUUUGAUUGAAUUCUUUUAUAUAACAUCAUGGGAUAAACUGAAAGCUCUGUCAGAUGCAUCAUCAAAGCUUGAAUUUUCUGAAUCAUGAGUGUUAAAUGCCAAUCACUACAGAAGAAUACCCAGUGUCUUGGUGUGCUAUUGCAUUUGUUUAAGGAAAACACCCACCCACAACUUUCUCUUAUUUUACUCGUAGUCUUUCUGGAUUGAAAUAUAUUUUGACACUUGCUACUCAGAGCAGCUCAUGUGUGUGUGUGUGUGUGUGUGUGUGUGUUUUAAACUUGUUUUUGAAAUAUUUUUUGGGCUGACAUAACUUUAAACAUUAUGAAGUAAAUAUAAAUUACUUGUUCCCUGAACAAAACAAAUAUUUAGACAAAGCUGCUCUUCAGUGUUCUAAUGUUGGCUCUUCUUCCUUUUAGAAUAAAGCAUUAGAAAGUGGACAAAUAAUAAUAUAACCAGACUUUCCAACCAGUGGUUUUACCAUAUUGAUAAAUUAUUAGAACAUUAAAGCUAACUAGUUACUAAGAAUACUUGUAUUUAGAUAAAAAUAAAAAAAAUCCACUAUGGCAUGCCAGUUACUUUUAGCAAAGGUUGGGGAUUAUGUUGAACAUAUGUGCUUGAAACACUACAUUCAAUUUUGAUUAUGCUGCCAUUUAGUUAGCAACUAGGAAAUUGUAAUAAAUUUUGAAUGCUCCUUCUUUAACCCAGCAGUUUGAAGGUUGCAGAAAUAAUACUUUAGAUCAUUGGUAAACUCUGAGCAUAUGUUGUGUCAGUGAUAAAAAGUAUUAAGCUUAUAUAUAUAUAUAUAUAUAUAUAUAUAUAUAUAUAUAUAUAUAUAAACUGCAUUUUGUAGCGGAACAUUUUUCAGAUAUGUUGUAGAAAGUGGUACAAUUUUAAAAAUGUUGUUUACUUUUUUUCUUUUUUUUUUUUUAAAUCAGGCGCCCUGUCAGUAAAUCGUUUUGUUUAAUCUCUUAAUUGAGAGUGUAAUGCCAGAUUGUGGUCCAUGUAUGUGUGUGUUUAUAUAAUUAUAAAGCUUUCAUUCCAAAAUUAUUUUAAUAUAUACUUCUAUGAGAGUAAUAUUGCAAUUCUGAUCUCACACUUUCAGAAAAAGUAUCCAGUUACCAGAAAAGGUUUUAUCCGUGUUGUUACAUCUAAAGUAUUCAAAAGUAUAAUAUAGAGCAAUUUCUAGUAUGUCUUUUGUGUGAGAAGGAACCGUUCAAAUAGACUUGGAAAGUAGAAGGUAAUGGUCAGGUAGCUUGGUUUAUUAGGUGCAAAGUUAACUGAGAUUCUCCUUUGUGCAAGUUUGCUAAGUCAAUGCCACAAACUGCACUAUAAAAGUAAAUGUGUCAUCAACAUAAUGCCAAAGUAUGCUGGUCUGGUGAAAGGGACUUUGAGAAUCGUUUUGCAGGUCUACUAAUAUGUUGUGUAUUUUUGUUUCUGGGCAUUAAAAAGUAACACAGUAAAACUGCUGCUAAAGGAAAGAAAACUUCCUUUAAUAACCUCUUUUACCAAAAGUAAGAUUAUAAAGACUUAAAAAUGCUGUCUAUAAAUUGCAAUAUGUAUAUAAAUACAACUGCCCUGUGUUUUAUUAUGUACUAAAAAAGAAGAGAAAAUGGGUAUCUCUUUAAAACAACAUUUAAUGUUUUUUUUUUUUGUUUUGUUUUUAUUCUUCACACUGAGCUGGUACUGAGCUGAAUCUUAAUCUUUAAAUAUAUAUAUUUUUCCAUCUAUUCACUUUUCCUAUGGAAUUAUAAACAAAAUUAUAAACAAAAUAUAUACUUGAGGGUAGUUUUAAUACAACAAAAUAUACAUUGAGACUCUUAGAAAAGUAUUUCAAUAACAAUAAUAAAAUGUUACUUAAAAUUUUAGUGUCUGAUCAUGUAAUGGUCAUUUUCUUUGUAUUUCAUUUGUUUUAUGAUCACUGUAGAUUUGUACAUAAAAUCAAACACUACUAAAACUGCAUGCUACAUGUGUAAAUGCAGAUUUAUGGUAAGUAUUUCAGUAUCAAUAAGCUAAAAAUUGCUUAAGCAUAAAUGGGCAACAUUGGUGCAAGGCAGGACUAGAGCCUAAUCCUUAGUCUGCAUGGUUAUUAUUCAGUCUUAAAGGAGUGCGAUUUCUGUUUGCUCAGGCUUCUGGAGCUGUGUGUUUGCUGUUGAGUUCUGAGAAGCUAACUCUGUCAUAGUAGAUUCAUUCCCCUUUUAAUUUCAUGUGUCCCUCCUAGUUUAUUUUACCUAUUAAUAAAAAUCUUUACAUUUAUUGUUUGAAAGUAUAUUAUAUACUUUUUAAUUUUAGAUAAAGAGCAAGCUCUUGCAAUCAAAAGUCCUGCCUCUGUUUAUUUUUAAGCAAUUUUUUAAAAACCUGAAAACUAGUCUUUUGUACAUUUUAAGUUGCCAUUAAUUCUCAGGGUGGUUAUGAUUUAAUUAAAUUACACAGAUAAUAAAGUAACAUUAUUAAGUAAGCAUACGUGUUGAGAUUCAAUGUUUUUUAGAAGGGAGAAUUAAUCUGAAAAAAAUAAUUUUUUCCUGCAAAAAACUUUGUUUACAAAAAAAAAAAACAUGCAAAAGAGCAAAUUCUAAAAGCUUUUUUUUCCUAAAUCAUUUUAAAGUGUUCUCUUUCCUAGUUUAGCUGGAUGUUUCAUGACUGUAUAUAGAAUUGUUAAUUUAGGAUAGCAAGUGUUAACUGGUACUCCUUUGUUCAGUACAAUACAAAAUAUUUAUAUACAUGAGUUAACUGGAUUAUUGAGGUGGUACCCGGACUGACUUUGUAUAUACAUAUUGCUCGUUGGAAUGGAACAAAAAAAAAAUGACACGAUGUUUAAUGAGCAGUGUCUCCUGAUCUCUGGCUGGUUUAAAGGGUGAGACUUCAUACUUGGAUGGAUAUGGCCACGUGCCAGAGGGGGUGUAGCCUCCAGCUCACUUCUAUGAAAUUAAUUAACAGACAAGCAUCUAAUAACAUAUGCAGUGUUAUAAGACCUACAGCACUUGUCCCCUACUGUGUUCUAGAAAUGACUGUUCACUAAUGGUUGCCAGCAAACAAUCUUGCCCACUAUUGCAUUACUGCCAGAUUGACCCCUUUUCAAAGGACUGAUGUACCAUUAAGAGUUGGGUACAGCUGCUACUCCUGCUAGUGAUUGAUGUGCUCCGAGAGAGCACACACAUACACAAAGAAAGGUGCUGUAUCAAAUACGCAAAACAAAAUCUAACCUGAUUCACCAAGACUCUUGUGGCAUAAAAUGCCACGCCACGUGGCUGACUUAGUGGUACCGAGGAGGGAACUACCCAUGUGAUAAAGUCACGCUAGGCUCUCAGCCAUAGGGUGUUUGGGAAGAAAAGGUGCUAACACUUCUUAGAGGACUGAGCUCUUUGUAAGAAGACUUUUUCAAUGUGGUGAAGUGAAGAAUCAAUUUUAAUCAAGAAUACCUUCUUGUGUUUUUGUUUAAAGGGUUUCAUUUAAUUAUUCCCAUGCAGAUUUCAUGAAGCCUAAGCCAAGGCAGAAAAACCUAUGUACAAAUUGGUUUUAUAAUAAACUAACCUUGCUGUUUAUCCCGUUUAUUAUUUGGCAUAAGGAUUUUUAAUUCUUAACAUCUUACUGUUAAAUGCCAUUUAAUUAUGUAUUAUUUGUGUAUUGUGUAUUUCACCUUUAACAUCUCGAAAUGUAGUUUUUAGGCGAAAUCUCGUUUCCAUCUAAUUUGAUUAUGCAUUGGUUUAGUUGUUGAGCAUACCUUUAAGAUUUUUGUAGCCACUUUAAUGUAAGAUGUAAUCAUUUUAAUUGUUAUUGCUCCUUACCCAAAUAUCUGACUUUACAUAUUGUAAAGCAAUCCAGAAAUGACUUGAUUGGUUUUAAAAAGUUGUUUAACAACAAAUAAAUGAAAAUUUUUUUUGAACAAA